AUGGUAAUAAGCAAUGUUGUUAAAGGGCUGUGUCGCGUUUCACAACAAGGCAUAGUAUCGACUUGCAGACGUGUACACAAUGGAAACGCGAAAAUGGCGAAGGUUUCAUUGCGUUUCGUUUGUUUUUUCUGUACUUUAUUUUUUUUACAUUUUAGGUCGUUUUACACUAAAAAGCACGAGUGGGUGAAGAUCGAUGCCGGUAUCGGUACUAUUGGAAUCUCAAAAUUUGCGCAGGAAUCACUUGGCGAGGUAGUAUUCGCGCAACUUCCAGAUGUAGGAAAAAACAUAAGUAGUGGAGAUGAGUGUGGUGCCUUAGAGAGUGUUAAAGCAGCUGGGGAGGUGUAUUCUCCUGUUUCUGGUAUCGUAACUGAAAAGAAUAGCGCUGUUGAAUCAAGUCCAGCUCUAAUCAACAAAUCUUGCUAUGAAGACGGUUGGCUGUUCAGACUGAAGCUAAGCAAACCCGAAGAAGUGGAACAGUUAAUGGACCAAACCUCUUACGACACGUACCUCAAAGAUCUUCACUGA